AUGGAUAGAGAGCUUGCUAGACAACUCCAAGGAGUAGAAUAUGAUGCGGAAGAGGAAUCGUCUGAAGAAAGUUGAUCUGAUUCUGAUGAUUCAGAUGCUUCUGAUGACUCAAAUUCUGAGAAUGGAUCUGACGAAGGUUCUCAGAAGAAGAAAAUCAAAAAGGUUGAUGAACACGAGGAGAAAAUAAUUGAUAAUCAGUUUCAUGACCUCAAUAUUUUUGAGAAAAACGAUUCCUUCCUAGGUUCAAUUAUUUCAUCUUGUGACGAUGAAGAUGAUGACUACCUUUCAAACGGGGAAGAAUCAAGUAGUGAAGAAAGCAUGUCAGGAUCUGACAAUGAUUCAGAGGAAGAGGAUGAUAGUCCCGUUAAAGCUAAAUAGAGUUAGAAAAUGAGACAGAUUAUAUCUCAAUUUAGCCUAUACUCAUUAUCCAGUUGUGAAAGAAGUAGGAAAGCUAUUCAAUUUCAAAAUAACAAGAAAUGAUGAUGCAGAUUGGGAUCUCGUAUGGUUAGAUGGACAGUUGCCUCCAGAGAAAAUGCUCAGAAUGAAGUCUCAUCAAAAAGCUAAUCAUUAUCCAGGCAUGUAUGCUCUUUCCAGGAAAAAUCAUCUUGGCAGAAAUCUGAUGAAAAUGAUGAAACAAUUUCCGAAUGAUUACAGGUUUUUCCCAAGAACUUGGCUCCUUCCAUAUGAAAUGGUCGAUUUCAGAAAUAAUUUUAACAGAAAAGGCAGGUCUCAUAAAGCUUUUAUUGUCAAACCUGAAGCUAUGUGACAAGGAGAAGGCAUUUUCCUUACGAAAUCAAUCAAAAAAUUGAAUCCUGAAGAUCACUGAAUUGCCCAAGACUAUAUUAGUAGACCAUAUCUAAUCGACGAUUUAAAAUUCGAUCUCAGAAUAUAUGUCUUAGUUUAUGGAGUCGAUCCUCUCAGAAUUUAUUUAUACAAAGAAGGUCUUGUCAGAUUUGCAACUUCGCCUUACUGAGCUCCUUCAAGGAAAAAUAUGAACAAUUUGUUUAUGCAUCUUACAAAUUAUGCCAUUAAUAAAAAUAGUGACGAUUUCGUUUUCAAUGAAGAGGAAGGUAUAGAUGAUGUAGGUCAUAAAAGAUCUCUUUCUGCUGUACUGAAGCAACUUGAAGAUGAAGGAAAUGAUCCUAAUAUCAUUAUGAAUCGAAUCAGUGAUCUUAUAAUAAAAACUAUAAUUACUUGCCAACCUUCAAUCGCUCACGCAUAUAAGACUCUCCAGCCUGACAACCUUGAUAAUUCAAUGAUUUUUGAAAUUCUAGGAUUUGAUGUUCUUCUUGAUCACAAGUGAAGGCCUUGGCUACUCGAAGUAAAUAGCAGCCCUUCCUUUGCUACAGAUACUCCCCUAGAUCGUAAGAUAAAGAAAGGUCUCAUUAGUGACACAUUCCAAUUGAUCAAUCUCACUGAAGAUCGGAAAAGAAAGCACAAAAAGCAACAACAAGAAAGCCUAAUGGCUAGAAUGCACACUGGAAAGCAAAACAAGCUCACUCCUGAAGAGAAAGAAAUCUAUCGUAAAGAAAGAGAACAAGAAAGGAUUGAAUACGAGCAAAAGAAUAUGGGAAAAUACAAACUCCUAUAUCCUCUCAGUGAAAAUAAGAAAGAAGCUUUUCUCAAGAAAAGAAAAGAACAAGAGCAGAAAGAUAAAGAAGAACAGCCAGAGCCAAAGGAGUCUGUAAACAGAAAUGACAACAAAUCGGCAAGGUCUAAAAGGAAAUCAAAUGAUCCCAAAAAUACUAUUUCAAGAAAGAAAACUAUUAAAGAAGAUGAUGGAGGUGAUAUCUACCUCAAAUAUUUGACCAAAGCAAGUACACUCUGGGAAGAUUUCACAACUGGCAAAAAGAAAGUAAAAGAAGAGUCUUCUGAUGCUGUACCAAAGAAACAAAAGCCGAGAAUAAAACCUACUAACCAUACUAAAACAGUAAAAGAAGCUACGAAAUCUGAUAAAAAGCAAUUUGAACCUAAAGUGAAUACAUUUGUGAAUUCGCAAUCAACUUUAAAAAGCAAGUCUAAGAAAACUGUCAUCUGAAAUGAUCAUGAAAGUGACAAUCCAAAGAAGAUGAUCAUCACUACAAAAACUAAAUAAUCCAAGUGCUCCCACUAUGGAGAAGCCAGUUGCACCAGCUGAACAAGUUGAGCCUGCCCAGUCUGAAAAGCUCAAUAGCGCCAAUAAACUAAAAUCAACCGUUGUUAAAAGUAGAACAGGAAAAGGAACUCAUCUAAAGAUGUUUGACUAUGAAAUGUCAGCUAGAAAAUAAACAAUUUGUUCCAGAUAAAAUUAGCAGAAUAAAAACUAAAACUUUUAUUGAGAGAACUAAGGAUGAUUUGAGUGAUCCAGAAAAGAAAAGAAGACACCAUUUAAGCAUUGAGAGAAGAUCUCAACUUAAAGAAUCAGACUACUCAAUUCAAGAGAAAAACAACAGUUAUGAGUCAAGACCACAGAAAAAUAAUGAGUUUGGAGAUUACUCAGUUUCUUCUUCAAACUGCAAUCCAGCAUCAAUAAAAAUGCUAAAAGAUAGUGGCUAUCAUGAGAAUAGGAUCAUUCACAACGCUUUGAACAGCCAGAAAGCAACAGGAAGAAAAUAUCCUGUACUAAAGGAUCCUAAAUAUUCAUCAAAAUAUCAUAACAAAAAAAAUAAAAUGACUUCAUCAACUUCGUGAAGCAGUAAAAAGAAUAGUAUUCCAUCAAAGAUAGGUGCGAAAGGAAGAAAUCUUGCAUCAAAUAAUAACAACAAAGCGAGACACUUUGAAAGAAAUCGGAGAGAAUAUAAGAUGUCAAAUUAUCAGUUUGGUCAAUUUUCUGUCAUAAAAUACCAAAACAAUCCCAUCAAUGUUCAAAAUACUGCAGGUCAUUAUAAAAUAGAUACUCAAAAUGGAGUGAUUUAUGAAACUAAGCUACAGCCUACAAUCAUUAGGAAAUAUGGAGGUCAGCUCUCCAUUAAAUCUCCUCCUUCAAUCCAAGGAAUGAGAAUAAACGCAUACUCUGGGUAUAAUAAGCAGAAAUUAGCUGAGCAAAGAGCAAGAGAAAGGAAUCUCUCUAAAGAAAGCCAGAAGCAUAAGUGAAGGUUUACAAAACACAUUUCAAACCCAAAUUAUCAAUAGAAGGAUGCUUCACUG